GAACAACCGAGACCACAGGAGAAGCCGCACCAAAGGGUAAAGGAAAGGCGGAGGCAACGAAAGGUUCAGGAAAAGGCAAAGCCACAGGAGAAGCCACGCCAAAGGGCAAAGGAAAGGGCAAGUCGCAGGCCAAAGGUGCAGGAAAAGACGAAGCCACAGGAGAAGCCACACCCAAGGGCAAAGGAAAGGGCAAGUCGCAGACGAAAGGUGCAGGAAAAGACGAAGCCACAGGAGAAGCCACCCCGAAGGGCAAAGGAAAGGCUAAGUCGCAGACGAAAGGUUCAGGAAACAACGAAGCCACAGGAGAAGCCGCACCCAAGGGUAAAGGAAAGGCAGAGGCGACGAAAGGUUCAAGAAAAGACGAAGCCACAGGAGAAGCCACACCCAAGGGUAAAGGAAAGGCUAAGUCGCAGACGAAAGGUUCAGGAAAAGACGAAGCCACAGGAGAAGCCACCCCGAAGGGCAAAGGAAAGGCUAAGUCGCAGACGAAAGGUUCAGGAAACACCGAAGCCACAGGAGAAGCCGCACCCAAGGGUAAAGGAAAGGCAGAGGCGACGAAAGGUUCAAGAAAAGACGAAGCCACAGGAGAAGCCACACCCAAGGGUAAAGGAAAGGCUAAGUCGCAGACGAAAGGUUCAGGAAAAGACGAAGCCACAGGAGAAGCCACGCCAAAGGGCAAAGGAAAGGGCAAGAUGCAGACGAAAGCUUCAGGAACAACCGAGACCACAGGAGAAGCCGCACCAAAGGGUAAAGGAAAGGCGGAGGCAACGAAAGGUUCAGGAAAAGGCGAAGCCACAGGAGAAGCCACACCCAAGGGCAAAGGAAAGGGCAAGUCGCAGGCCAAAGGUGCAGGAAAAGACGAAGCCACAGGAGAAGCCACGCCAAAGGGCAAAGGGAAGGCUGAGGCGACGAAAGGUUCAGGAAAAGACGAGACCACAGGAGAAGCCACCCCGAAGGGCAAAGGAGAGGGCAAGUCGCAGGCCAAAGGUUCAGGAAAAGGCGAAGCCACAGGAGAAGCCACACCCAAGGGCAAAGGAAAGGGCAAGUCGCAGGCCAAAGGUUCAGGAAAAGACGAAGCCACAGGAGAAGCCACCCCAGCCACGAAGGGCAAAGGAAAGGCCAAGUCCCCGUCGAAAGGGGCCGCAAAGGUUGCUUCUGAUGCCGAGAAGGCAUGGUGCAAAGACGCCCUCGUCGCAGCACCUUUCGCCAGCUGCUACGUGCAGAAACUCUCGUUGGAGAAGAUCGAAGCGAUUUUGGCAAUGACGGAGCCUGGUGAGUUAGACUUGCCUACCAGGUUUGCCUUCUUGAAGGCAUUUGUGCAGCACAAGGACAUGCCCGACAUCGAAGAUCCGAAGAAUCCCGAGAUGAGGAUUUAUACCGUGUUCCGUGACAUCAAGGAUUCCAGUGCAAAGACGAAGGAGGUUGGCACGAAAACAUCCGGAAGAGCCAAGUUGCCGGCCAACAAGGCUGCCAGAGCUGCCUUUGCCGAGACCAUGCAGAACAAGGCUGACUCGUUCGCCGGCAGUUGGAACAGUGUCGGAGAAGAACUCACGCUUGAAGAAAAGGAGAAGAAGGACUUCCAGCGAGACUUGCAACAGCUGCGACAAUUGGGCGACAAAGCCUUGACUGCUGCCACGAACCUGAAGUCUACCGGGCUGAAGCGACAGGAGGCUGACGUCCAGCAUAUGGGUGAUGUGAAUACCCAGUGCUACGGCAUUCUGAGGGAGUGCAACACACUCCUCUUCUCAUCCGAGCCACUUUCCAAAGCCAGAGAGUACCUGGACAGCAAAGCCCAUCAGCUACAGGAAUAUGCGAAGGAUGUGGCACAUGCCGAGGGUGUGUUCCAGACCUUUGAGCGACGCAAAGCUUCGGAGAAGAGAAAACGGGAAAAAGAAGAGCUGAAGAAGCAGGCUACGGCAGAUCUGGAUACUCAGGUAGACGAUGCAGAGCAACAAGAAGAGUGGCCAGAUGAGAAUGAGAAUAAUGAAGAUAAUGGUGAAGAUGAUUGGGAAGAUGAUGAUGCUGAAGUCGCCUGCUUCAACUACCAGAAAUGCUGGAGAUUGGAUGCGAAGAAAAACCACUGGGGACAUGUCAACAUCCUAGAGGCUUGGUCUCUGAAGCAACCAUGGCGAAAGAUUCUUCCGGAGCCGCACAAGAUCUGGGUUCCCUAUGUGAACCUGGAUGCAGCCGGCAACGAAGAUCGGGGCUGGUACGAACACAGCAUGUUCCUCCCUCACGAAGUGAUGGGCUGCAUCUACAAUUUCGACCGGGACUUCUUUCACAAGAGAUUCGAGAAUACUGCCAGAAAUCGAGAGAAUUUGCUUCACACUGGUGGUUCAAUCACCCGGCUCUCGCUGAAGCUCGUGAUUUCAUUGUGCCUGUGCGACUAUAUGGCGAUGGAGCUGAAAGCUACCGAAGCUGGUACUCAAAACUUCGAGAUCUUCCUUUUGCAAUCGGUGCUGGGAGAAGAAACAUCCUGUAUGGAUACUCGCACCAGUGAAGCCAGGGAGCUGAUAAUGAAAGCCAUCGCCUGGUCGCUCGAAGUUCUCGGUCAGGGUGUCUAUCCGUCGGUGGAUAUGAAUGGCGAAUGCUUGAAGGGCUCUCGUCGUGAACAAGCUGGUCGUCGAAUCUGCGGAAAGUACACGGUGGUUCUGGAUGCUUUUCAGAUGGCCCUGCAGUGGAUCCUCAAAUAUCCGCAACCUGGCGACCCGGAGCCGAACAAUCCAGAGCUUCUGUUCACCAAUUUCGGCCGAAGAGCUCUCCAUCGGCAAAGGCUUUGCUCUGGCAAUGAUGAGUUCAUCGCUGUGCAUGGCUGGAGUCCCUUCGCUGGACUAGCUGGUGGCUACUGCCCUUGGCGCAUCCUCCCGGAUUACAUGCACAUAGUGCACUUGGCAUGUCUGGGCGAUGCUUUGACCAGCAUGCUGCUGGACUUGAGCGACACACAAUGGCCAUGGCCGGGAUCGUCUAGAGAUGCUCGGUUGGAGAUUGCAUGGCAAAGCUACAAAGAAUACUGCCAAUACUGGAAUAUUGCUGACAGGUGCGAACGAAAGUUGUUUACCAACGAGACCCUGCGACAUGACUAUGUCACCGUAUCCCAGAAAUUUAUGAGGGCAGCAGCUGCAAAGUUCAUGGUCUUCUGGAUGCACUGGUUCAUGAACAGCCUACUGCAAGGCGACGAGCAGCCUGAGCAUCUCAAGCUCAUUCUUGGUGUGGUGACUGGGCUAAUGUACAUGGAGCAGCUUCAGAUGGAGAACGGCCGAUUCUUCCGAGAAGAUGUGUGCCAGAACUUCGAAGCGGCAUAUUACUUGUACAGAAGCUCGUUCGACCGGCUUGCAAGCCGUGCUGUCAUGCUUCAGGUGCCACGAUGGAAAUGCAGGCCGAAACAGCACAUGCUCGAACAUGCCGUUCUCGAUUUUGUAAUGGUUCUGCGACAGAACCCACGGUUUUCGGCUAAUUACUUGGGCGAAGACGCCGUUCGUCGUGUGAAACAGCUUGCGAUCGCCUCUCACCCCAAUUUUGUCUCACGGCAUGUCCUUUUUAAAUGGGCAUUACAGUUUUCGCUCCGAUUCCGGGGGCCGUGA